AUGCAAUGUCGGGAAGAUCUCCCUGCUGUUCGUCGCCUUUUUUUCUCCGACGACAAGCAGGCCACCCGGCGGCUACGUGUCUCUCCGCAUCCCGGCCCCGGUGACUUUCUUUCCUCAUCGCCCUUUGCGGUGACCAAGCUUUCACUUGGCAUCGGAUUCCUCGAGGCUUUCCUCGACCUGGGUCUCUUUCUCUUGAACUUCCAACCGUCGAUGGAGGGUCUCCGUGGAGUUGGGGUCGGUCUAAAGCCAGUCCCUUUGCUGGAUUUGUCUGCAACAACUGUUGAAGGCGGGAUUGGCUUCGAGAUAAUUUCCCUGGCGGCCAUAGCUGUGGGUGUCACUGGAGCGACGAUGGCGGUUGGUGGUGAUGGCACCCUCGUCGUGGCUUCUGCAGGUGGUGACGCCACGGUGGCAGCAGCAACGACCGAAGUUUCUUCUCCGGAGUCAGAAGCAGUCGCCUUGAAGGAGUGGUCCUCAGCGUUCAGAUAUUCUUCUGUGACGGUGACUGGUGGAAUUAAUUUAGGAAUUUGA